AUGCUCGUCUCAUCUAAAUGCAUCCGAGCCCUUCCCACGCGUUGGAUAGCAUCUCGAUGUCUGCUGCACACCCUCCGAAAUGAGCCUCCACUGCGCAGCAACCAUGUGUUCCCGCGUUCACCUCGCGUUCCGAAUAAUAGGGGCGCGAAAAGGAAAGCCUCUGCCAAGCUCGAUGAGCUCCCUCAAGGCACCAUCCCACUAGAGCCGCUGGCCCUGGAGGAUCAGGAGCCUGCUUUGCCUACCGUGUUGCUUCAAGCGCGUAGUAAUAUGAGGAAAUUUGAAAAUUGUGUGCUACUUACUCGCGUUGGUGGGUUUUAUGAGUUGUACUUUGAGCAUGCGGAUGAGUUUGGGCCGCUGUUGAAUUUGAAAGUUGCGCCGAAGAGUACGGGUCCUAGGACGAAUCCUGUUAUUGUUUCAAUGGCCGGCUUUCCAUUUUUUCAGCUAGACAGAUAUCUCAAGAUUCUUGUUCAAGAUUUAAAUCGAUAUGUUGCUAUUGCUGAGGAAUUUCGAAAUGACCCUUCCGGAAAGGUUAAAGCUGGAGGGUUGUUGAAUGAUAGGAAGGUCACGCGGAUCAUUACCCCUGGGACCUUGAUUGAUGAGAAUUUCAUGGAUCCUUUUACGAAUAACUAUGUUCUUGCUAUUCAUGCUGGAGAUAAUUCUCAAGAGCUGUCACAAGAUCAAGAAAUGGAAAAUGAUCCACCCAUUUCUCCUCAACAGUCCGACAUUCCUGUAGGCCUUGCUUGGCUGGAUUUAUCAACUGGUCAUUUCUUCACUCAAUUUACAACAUUAUCGUCCCUCCCAUCUUUCCUUUCACGGAUAGGACCUCGAGAGAUUGUGUUAGAUGAAGAUCUCCAAGCAUCUAAAGACCACGGGAUUUUUACCGUCCUUGCAGAAGACCGUCAUCUCAUCACCUAUUGCAAUCCCCCAGAGGUAAAGUCCAUCAAAGACUGGUCUCCUAUGCUGGAAUCACCAAUAACUACACGGAUCGCCAACGACUUCACCCCCGAGGAAGAGGCUGCUGGCAGUACACUCCUUCAGUAUAUUGGAGAGAGACUGCAAGGUUCGAAUACGAAGCUGCAACCUCCUACCAGACAGCUAGACAUGAUGGCCAUCGACAAGAACACCAUGCGAGCUUUGGAGAUCAAAAAGACCAUGCGAGAUGAUUUGACUACGGGCAGUUUGUUACAUGUAAUCAGACGGACUGUUACAAAAGGUGGUGCAAGGUUACUGGAUAACUGGCUAAGCUCGCCCUCAACAUCUCUGGACGUGAUAAAUUAUCGUCUGGAACUUGUCACCCACAUGUUACAUGAUGAACUACUCCGGGAACGUAUCAUUAUUCUCCUCAAGAGGAGUUAUGACUCUCAUCGCCUAUUGCAGAAAUUCGCAUUCGGUCGAGGCGAUCCAGACGACAUGUUAGGUCUAGCUAGCACAGUACAUGCAACGCAGGAACUGGUGACUACUCUCAUCCAAGAUAGUAGUGAAGAAGAUUGCAUCCGAAAUAUGGCUGCUCGAAUUAACCUUGACGGCCCUAGUGAACUCGCCAGCCGGAUCAAAGCAGCUAUCGACGAGGAAGGAAUCGUACAACAGCAUAUGAUGGAAGAUGGAGAAGUCGGGGACAUACAAGCUCUUGCAGAAGCCAUCGUUACCUCGGAAGGAUCAAGAGAAGAUGCCAACAUCCUACCGAAAAAGAAAAAGAAGCCAACAGGCCUCAGGGAGUACUACUCCGACGACAACGAAGCUUGGAUCAUGAAACCAGUAGCUAGUCCGACUCUGGAGGGUCUCCACAAAGACCUAGCAAAACUAGGAACUGAAAAAGCAACCCUCGCCGAAGAUCUUAAAACCCGUCUCGAAGCCUCAACUCUCACCCUUCGCUUCACCCCCGGACUCGGCCACAUCUGCCACGUCAAGGGCAAAGACAUCAAACGCGACCUCGCCGAAGGCCGCCGAGUUAGCUCCAGCAGAAGCACCAGCUCGUUCCACCACCCGGAAUGGACAAACCUAGGAGGUCGCCUCGACCGCUGCCGAGACCGCAUCCGUGCUGAAGAACAGCGCGUGUUCCGCGACCUUCGUGAGCACGUAAUCCACAACAUCGUCAAGCUCCGCCGCAACGCAGUCGUGCUCGACGAACUGGACAUCGCCAGUUCCUUCGCCACAUUGGCUGCUGAAAAGGGCUGGACGCGCCCGAUUCUCAAUAAUAGCACUACGCACAAGAUUAUAGGAGGAAGGCAUCCUACGGUAGAAGGAGGCUUGGAAGUCGAGGGCAGGACGUUCACUACAAACGACUGUUUUGUCGGUGAUUCUCAGAAGAUAUGGCUUGUCACAGGUCCGAAUAUGGCAGGCAAGAGCACGUUCCUACGCCAGAACGCACUCAUCACCAUCCUCGCCCAAGUCGGUUCCUACGUGCCCGCCUCAUAUGCAGAACUCGGCAUCGUGGACCAGAUAUUCAGCCGGGUGGGGUCAGCAGAUAACCUGUACCGGGACCAAUCGACGUUUAUGGUGGAGAUGUUAGAGACGGCUACGAUACUUAAACACGCGACGCCGCGUUCGUUUGUGGUUAUGGAUGAGAUAGGACGGGGCACGACACCUGCCGAUGGGACGGCGGUUGCUUUUGCAUGCUUGCAUCAUUUGUACCAUGUGAAUAAGUGCAGGACGUUGUUCGCGACGCAUUUUCAUGGGCUGGCGGAUAUGGCACGGGAAGAGGACAUGCAGGGGGUAGGGUGCUAUUGUACGGAUGUAGAGCAGAAUGGGGCGGCUUUUAGGUAUGUGCAUAAGUUGAGAGAGGGGGUUAAUAGGCAGAGUCAUGCGCUUAAGGUUGCGAGGUUGGCUGGGCUGCCAGAGGAAGCUAUUGUUGUUGCUAGGAAGGUGUUGGAGAGAAAUGGGGGAUCUGUAUGA